AGAAGGCCCUCCUCCGGGUACUCACCCUCCUAAUAUUCACAGAGGGUUCCCGGAGGUAGAGGUAGGCAACCUGAUUCCCUCCAGAUGUUUUGACUGCAACUUCAAUAAUCCACCAUUGGCCACGCUGGAUAGGACUGAGGGGUUUUGCAGUCAAGAACCUUUGGAGCCUACCAAGUUGCUUGCAGUCAUGUCCUCCUGGGCAGAGCCCUCAGCCAGGGAGAUCCUUUCAUUGGCUCAGGAGCUUUCCUCCCCAGUGGAGGUGAGGACAUAACUGCAGAGCUGAGACCUCACAACAGAGCCUCCUUGUUCUACCUCCACAGCAGGAGAGUUUGCAGUCCAGAGUCAGAAGGGAAAUUUGCAGGCCUUGAGCAAGGCAUCAAAUACUCCCUCCCAGGAGGACUCCUCAGCAGUAAGCAAAGGCCUUGGUCAACUGAAGGAGCUCUACUUAGGAGCAGGGGUUUCAGGGCAGCCAUUUGAUGCAGCUGUGGGUGGGGGUUGAGGUUCAGCCAGGCCAGCAUAAAAGGCUGGCUCUGAAAUAUGUGUUGCUUCUUCUGGUUGUGGCAUGCCUGCUUCUUAUUUCUUUAAUGAGUGACUCCUCUUUCCAGCAACUCUCCUGCUGCACGCUUGUCCUUUGACAAUAGAUCUCUGGCUAUUGACCUCGGAUUCUUAACAAUGUCUGCUGACUCAUCUUGGCUUGGUGAUUUACAAUCUCCUGUUAACUGACCUUUGUCCAUUUGACUAUUGGCUUUUUGCUAUCACCCUCUGAACCAGGACACCUAUGCCUGAUGUACGGAGUCUGAAUUGAACUUGCAGAAAGCAAUCAAUAUUUGUAGACUGUCCGACGCCACCAAAUGCUGAUAGAAAUCAUGUCUGUAACAGGCUCUGAGAUGUGUCCAGGGCAAAAGAGAAUACAGACUUGCCAAGGAUGCAGGAGAAUACAGACUUGGCAAGGAACCUGUAUACUCACUGGGAUACCUUCCACACUGGGAUAGCCUCACCUGUAUUUGGAGUACAUUGUCACAGGUACAGAGUUGCUACUCUUCAGUGUGCAGAGUUUUAAUGGGACAGAAAGACAAUAGUGUCUAUAAAAAGAAGUAAUUAGUAGCUGUGCCAGCCCACAAGGAAUGAUAAGUGACCAUAUCCCCUUUGCCAGCAGGGAAAUGGCACACUUUUUUCAUUCCAGCCCAGGUUAGCUGCAGUCACAUGUAAAGGCCGAAGGAGCAAGGCAGACAGUCCAAACAGUGCUUGCAAAGCCACUGCGUCAGGUGAAGAUGCUCUCCAAGCUCUACUGGAGCUAUGACACACACCCCUGAUGGUCUGGAAUUCUUCCUAGCACAGCUGCUGAUGGAAUGUGCACUGAGAGCUUCACGCCAUCCCUAGGUAUGGUGGGUCAGUCCAAGGUUUCCCCAGGAGCAGUUUUGCCUGCAACAGCCACAAAGAAAAGAAUGCUACAACCAGACAGCAGAGACACUGCUAGUCUUCAAGGCAUGUGAUUCAGCCUGCACUGGAGGCAGCAGGAGGUCUAUGAGGUUAAUGGCACCAAGCCCACAGCCACAACUACAUCGUGUUGAAACUUAAGCAGAGGUGCAAUUGACUAUUUUCAACCUAACCCUAACUAGGAAAACCUUAGCAAACCCAGAGCAAAAAGCAGACUCCAAACCAUGAGUUCCAAGUCCAGCAUGCAGAGGCAGGCACAACAUCCUGCUCGUUGGGCCACCUCACAAGCAGGAGGAGCCAAGUUAAUGCCUGGUGUUUGUCUUAGAAUUCUGAGCCACAACAACUCCUUGUAGACUCAGUGUAUGUUGAGGGACCCCAUGAUCCAAUGGUAAAAUAUAGUGAACUCCAGAUCCGCGCAGAGGAACAAUUGCUAUGAUUGAUGCAUAUACUGUUAUUCUGAGAGCCUUUGGAAAGAAAGGGGAAAGUGGUAAUGUGGGUAAUGUGUUGCUGCUGCUUUAAGACUGACUCUCAGAUGACCCCUAACAAGAAGAAGCCGGUCCGGUGGCUACAAACUGCAAAGGUGCUCAGUGCAGUUAGACUGGCUGUUAGCAUGGUGUGUUCUAGCAUGUAUUCAGGAGUCCUCACUCUGGAGUCUUUUAGUGUUUGCAGCCUGGCUUGUUUCAUUGCUUGCAGUUUCUCAGAAUACGAGGAGCAAUGUGGGAUCUCCCAAACUGGAGAGGGUGCUAAGGCCUGUCACAUCUCCCCAGUUCACAGUGCCUUGAAAGAAUCACCAGCAAUUAUUUAGCAGGAAUUCUCCACAAAGUAAUCUCUUUCCUUAGAUUCCAUAAGCUUCUGAGAGUGGGCCAUCUCAAGCAGGGGACCCACAAUCCUUUUGAACCUUGGUGUUGGAGGAGCUUUUGUGGGCACCACCACAAAAUGCCUCAUGAGUGGAUCAUUGCUGGAGCAUCAACAUGUCUGUGGGUCUCAGUUGCAUCGCAUUCAGCAAAAACCUUUGUUUCAUUCUAUUGGGUAUCCACCAUUGCUUUAAUAAGGGGUUGUCUAAUUCAACUGAUUACUGGUGGUGCAAGACAGCGAACACUUUUAAUUAUGGUAAUGCAAUAAUAAAUGGAGAUGCUGACAGGGUCUAGUAGUUACUUGUUUUGGGGAGGACGUAAUUACACAGGUAAUUUUUGUACUGGAACUGUCUUUAAUAUUCACUGAUGUACUGUUCCAAAUUAUUUGCUUGCUUUGUGAAAAUUAACAAAUGGAAGUAGGAAUAGGUUCCCUGCACCUUUUGACAGCUAGAAGACUGAUAUUACAACACGGGAAGGAUAAACACUCAUGCAGAAUUGUGAAUGCUUUUAAUAUAUGAAUGGGUGGCAUAGAGACUCCAACUUAUAAAUGCUUAUUUGUUGACCAAAUAUGCAUAAUCGAUAAAAAUAUGCAUUUUAUACAAUUUGUGUAUGUAUAUAAAAAUAAAAGUAAAAUAUUUAUUUAAAACGUUGGUGCCUCAGUCCCUGCAGAAGAGACCCCCUUGUGGGUGUCAUUGGAGGCGUCUGUGGGCACUGCACUGGGGCCCCGUUGUACAAGGCUCCCUGCUCCCGCAGGGGCGCAGUGUCACCCCAUCCCUAAUGCAGGCGUGAGAGCGGGUUCAAGAGUGCCCCACAGACUGGGACCUUGAAGGGGUGGGUGGCUGGGAGCAGUGUGUUCCUUCAGCAUGGCUUCUUCCUUCUGCAGCAUUCCUCUUCUUAAAAGCUGGGCCACCCGGUGAUGGACUGGGUGGGUGUGUUUUGUGUCCUCAAAUGCAGUGCUUUACUUGGACCCAAAGGGAAGAAUAGUAGCCAUUCACUUAUGCAGGAGAGAGGAAAGACAAAGAUGUGUGAUAACACAGAGUUCUGUUUCUUGGUGACUCUGAGAAUGUGACUUGGUUCUGGGAAGUAGUUUUUUAUCGGUUUAAGAAGCUUUACAGAUAGGGCUGCUGUGGAGAAAAUGCCAUUGGAAGACAUGGCACUUGGUGUCUCUGUAUCCCCUUUCCUCAGUUAUCCAUUUUUAUCACUUGCGAAAACAAAGCUGCUUCUAUUAUUUCUUCUACCGCUCAAUUUCUCUUUCACCACUGAACUAUCCCAGCAAUUUCAGGAGGCUGGAAUGCCCCGGGAGGGUAAGAAUAGCCAACAAUGGCAGAGAUAAUUCCUGUUGCCUUUUGUCUUCUUGCAGUUGUCGAGGAAGAGGUGAGAGCAACGAAUGGCACAGUGGGUCUCUUGCGUUGGGCUGUGCUUCUCAGGGAAGCCCCAAUUCCUCUCCACUCUUUGUGCAGGCAGCUUUCCUAUAUUUUUCCCAGUGUUGUUUUGCGCUUUCUAUUUAGGCUGCCUUGUUUUGAAAUGCUCAAUUACUUCUUACGCCUUCAGUGAGUGGAGAUUCCAGUAACCAAAUUCAAACAUGGAAUGUUGGAAUUCGCUUGGCUUUUUAACAAUUGCUCUCAGCUACAAUGUUACCAUUAUAGGGAAGAUUUGGCUGACUCUUGUCAUCCUGCUGAGACUGAUUGUGAUAUUCCUGGCAGCGUACCCUCUUUACCAGGACGAGCAGGAACGCUUCAUCUGCAACACCUUGCAGCCCGGAUGCGCCAAUGUGUGCUAUGACAUCUUUUCCCCAGUGUCCCACUUUCGGUUCUGGCUUAUUCAGACUGUGUCUGUUCUCCUGCCCUGUGCUGUGUUUGGUGUCUGUGUGCUGCACAACGUGGUCAGGCAGGCUGUGAAGGCAUAUUCCUUUCCUUACCGGCGGUACAAAGAGAUCAAGCCUUCAUCCGGCCAAAGAGUUACAAAGAAAUCCUCCAAAGGUGCAUUAAGGAGCAAAAUCACCUGCAGGGCAAAUGAAAUGGAUAUUCCUGAUUUCUCGGGGGCAUAUACAGUUCACCUUCUUCUGAGAAUACUGAUAGAGGCUGGUUUUGGGGCUGGCCAUUACUAUCUAUUUGGCUUCUUCGUCCCGAGACGUUUCUCCUGUAAUCAGUUCCCUUGUACGAGCUUUGUGGACUGCUACAUCUCCAGGCCCACCGAGAAAUCCAUCCUGAUGCUCUUCAUCUGGGGCCUCAGUGGCUUCUCCUUUCUCCUCAGCCUCGUUGACCUCGUCUUUGCCUUCCAAACCAACGCUGCAAGAAAUCGCAGAAAUAAGCUCCUGCUGGAAAGGUUCACCAUGGAGGCCAAAUGUGGUCCAGACCUGCAUGAAUGUGACAAUGUGCUCAGCCGUGCCAGGAUCUCUGUUGCCAAUGACUGUGGCCAGUGUUUGCUUAGCUGCGAAGCAAAAGAAGGCUGCUCUUUCCAACCCGUGUUGACUCCGCAGCAAGCCAUGAGUUCUAACCUCAACAGCAACAGCAACAAGUUGUAUGUCGCAGCCACCAGUCAAGAGAGCAAUGGGACAAAUCUCCAGGGAAGUGAGCAGCAAAAGACUUUGUCUGAGCAGCCACGGUUUGACCAGUACCAGUCAGGCACUCUCAAAGGAGUUUUGGCUUCAAAGUCCCAGGACGGCUGCCAUCACAGAGCUCCUUCAUCCACCGGUAGCAACAAGCCCUCAGUUCAUUAUUCUACUCUGGAGAGGAAGGCCUCCGAUGUUCAGUCCGUUUGCAGCAGUGCUGGGUGCUCAAGAUCCAAAAAAUCAGAAUGGGUGUAAGAAGGCAGGAAAGAGCACAGUGUGAGGGGAAAGCUCGUGCAUUGCCCACUUCAUGCUGCCACCAUCGCUGUUCCAAUAGGAUCGCUGUUGCAACGUAGGAAGAGUCUUAUUUCCUGAAUAUAAAAAUUUGCCGUUCUGUUUGGGUAGCUAGACGGGCUCUUGGAUUCAGGAGGCUCGCUAAUCCAGCGCAGACACAUGGUAUUUGGGGUUGUUCAUUCUACAGCUAGGCAUGAACACAGGGUAUGUGAAGGCAGAAGGCAGUACCUGGAGCCCUGUCCAGGCAUUGCCAUUACCUGGCUCAUCGUCCCCCUUCUGUCUCUUGUGUCCCUGUCCAUCCCUCCUCUAGGCAUGGGCAGAGGAUCUGCGUAGACACCCCUGCUCUGAUCUGGGUUCUAAGUCCUGCAGGAGCCAGGGCUUGCAGAUCUAGCUACUCAGUUCCAGCCUUGGGCCCAAGGCACAUAUAUGUUGAGCAGAGGUAACCUCAAGGAUAGCUCUGUUCAUCUCGUGAAUCAUCAUGUGAGGAUAGUGCCCCUGUAAGGCUGGUAUUGCUGGGCCUUCUCUACAGGAGUGGAUUUCUGAGGCCAAAUGCACCAUUCUAAGAAUAUCAGCCUUUGUGCUCCUUGUCAUGUUCAAGAGAGAAUUUUUUAGACUUCAUGGCGGGAGGAGAAGUUAAAGUACAGGCUGAAAUGUCAGGAUCCAAAAAGGGUUUGAGAAGGAAUUGCAGCCCUCUUCCAGUAGCCCUAGCUCUCCCUUCUAAACUGCAAAAGUGGGAUGAAUAAUGCAGAAGAGACAAAUAUGUGCAAAUUUGCAUAAAUUAUUGUGCUUGUAAAUCUAAAUUUCACUUAGAAUAAAGUUAGACUUUUCUUUGCAGUA